GGCGGCGCCGGGCCGCAGGAGUAGGAAGAAGCCGGGGCUGCAGCCGGAGUGCAGCGGCUGCUGGCCGAGUAGCAGGCGCUGCCGCGGCGCCAUAUUGUGGCCCUCAGCGGCCGCGGUCGAGUCAUGGCCGAGACCUACGACUUCCUCUUCAAAUUCCUGGUGAUUGGCAGUGCAGGAACUGGCAAAUCAUGUCUCCUUCAUCAGUUCAUUGAGAAUAAGUUCAAACAGGACUCCAAUCACACGAUCGGUGUGGAGUUUGGAUCUCGGGUGGUCAAUGUGGGUGGAAAGACUGUGAAGCUACAGAUUUGGGACACAGCCGGCCAGGAGCGGUUUCGGUCGGUGACGCGAAGUUACUACAGAGGGGCGGCUGGAGCCCUGCUAGUGUAUGACAUCACCAGCCGAGAGACCUACAACUCUCUGGCGGCCUGGCUGACAGAUGCUCGCACCCUGGCCAGUCCCAACAUCGUGGUCAUCCUCUGCGGCAAUAAGAAGGACCUGGACCCAGAGCGGGAAGUCACUUUCCUGGAAGCCUCCCGCUUUGCCCAGGAGAAUGAGCUGAUGUUCCUGGAAACGAGUGCUCUCACAGGUGAGAAUGUGGAGGAAGCUUUCCUGAAAUGUGCCCGCACCAUCCUGAACAAGAUCGACUCAGGUGAGCUGGAUCCCGAGAGGAUGGGUUCAGGCAUUCAGUAUGGUGAUGCGUCCCUUCGCCAGCUACGGCAACCUCGGAGCGCCCAAGCUGUGGCCCCUCAGCCUUGUGGCUGCUGAGACCAAUGGAACCAGCUCACCUGUUCUCCAGGAUCAGCCCUGUCCUUCCGGCUGGGGCCCAGCCCCUAGGAAGCUAUACCCCCUCACCUGCCCUGGCCCCGGAGACGCUGCCCUGCCACCUCUCCCCCAUUCCUGGCCUGGUGGGGCCUGGCUGAGGGGCAAGACUGAGCCAUGGGGGAAGGGGAAAUCUGUACCUGCUGCUGCUUCCUCUGUCUUGGCUAACCCCUGUCCCCCAACCCUUAAUCAAACUCAGAGUUCCCUAAGCCUGAGACCAGGGCCACAGUGGGCCCAGCUUCCCACCUGGCCCUGCCAUUGUGAGUAUGUGUUAUUUAUUGCACAGAGCCUGUCUUGUCUCUGCCCUGCCCACAUAAAGCAUUGUUUACACCUA